GUACCAGCCCGCCUGUCAAUUAAAUUAAGUACAUAUCUAUGGAUGUGAUCACGUUAAAGCAGCACAUCACAUAUAACUUCACGAAGAUUAUCCACACCAAACAAGCAUGCCUACUUUCGCAACAAUUCCUUGCGAGAUCAUGAUCUCCGUGUUACGCGAACUGGGCAAUGUGCGCUUCCUGCUGCCCUCGCUUCUCACCUGUCGCCAUGUGUACUCGUGCUUCAAAGAAAAUCCAGGCGUGGCAGCCGAAAUCUUGCAGCGCCAGAUCCCCCCAGAUAUCAUCCCUUAUUCGGUCGCGGUGCUGGAAGCCUCAUAUCUGAGCCCACGAAAUGAAACGUCAGUCCAUGAGCUGCUCGAAACGCUAUAUACGCAGCCAUCCAAGUUUACUGAACGUCUGCGGACCAUACCUGUCCCGCUUCUGACAAGAAUGGGACAUAUACACGGAGUGAUCCAUGACUUGACUACCGACUUUGCCAGCAGCGCAUGGACAUGCCUACAUAAGGAUCAAGGAUCGGAAGCGGCUGAGAGCCUCGUUCUGUCGCCGUCAGAAUACCUCCGCUUUUGCCGAGCCUUCUAUCGGGUGGAGUUAUAUUUUUGCCUCUUUCGCUGUAGAACUUCGUUGACAUCUAUACCCUUUCAUGAACACCGUUUUUUUUCUAACCAGCCACCUUGGGAAAAGGAGCAGCUCGCCUCUGCCCUGGACUUUCUCGAGCUCAAGCUCUCAAGAGCCUCCCGUGAUGUGGUAGCUCAUGAUGUUGAGUUUGGCGAGUUAAAGAUCGACUAUAUCACGACUGGUAUGAAUAACUACAUGAGGCAACUCUGGCUAUCACAGGGUGUCGACUUCAUCCACAGAUUGAUGAGUGAAAGCUCAUACGACGGCAAAAAGGCGCUAUUAAAGUCUGCGUUUGCUGCUGAUCGAGUCGACCUUUACGAAGCGCUUAUGACACCGCCCGAAACGGACUUGAACGAUGAUGUCCCACUUUCUAGUUACACUAAUGAGGACCUGGCGGCUCUGUUUCCGCCUACUGAAAGCCAGGACACAGAUGAGGGCCCACUUGCAGGAUGGCGUGUGGCCUUCAACCCUUGGCCACGCAGUGCGUGGGUCAUGCUCGCACAUCUUUCUGCAUUGAGGGAGCGGGCUUACGUCUUCUGGGACUUGGAUCGCAUCGAAAUUUACCGCAUGCGGGCACUGUUUAACGAUGCCCCGGCAAAUUCUGAACUUCAACGUGCCUACCAUGAUCUAGACGAGAUGCGCGAGUCAUUUGAAGAGCGCUCAAGGAUUUGGCAGAAAGGCGGUUCGGGCUAUUGGAGCAAAAAUGAUGAAAGCAGAAUUGUAUGGCCAACACAGCAGGAUGGGAACUAAAGAACCCUAGAUAAAUCAAGGGGCAAAAAGGAGGAAGUGACGCCUUUAAAA